AUGACGCCAUUUGAGGUAGUUUAUGGUCGUCCUCCACCUACGGUGGUGAGAUAUCUUAAGGAUGGGACUUCUAACUCUGUUAUUGCUACUUCUUUAUGUCAACGUGAUGAAACAUUAGGUGUUUUAAAGGCCAAUUCGUUACACUCUCAAGUGAGAAUGAAAGCUACAGCAGACAAAAGUCGUCGAGAAGUUUCAUUUGCCAUAGGUGAUUGGGUAUAUGUGCGACUUCGACCUUAUCGUCAGCUAUCUUUACGCUCGCAGCGUCACACAAAGCUCAACCUGAGGUUUUUCAGCCCCUUCCAAACUGUCCAAAGAGAUGGUGAAGUCGCUUACAAGCUGGAUAUUUCCCAAUAUUCCAAAAUCUAUCCUGUAUUUCAUGUCUCCGUUCUUCGUAAAUGCUUACGCUCUCCUUCUCAACAGAUUACUCCACUUGAGCUUUUGGAUCAAUCAUCUUCUUUGAUUCUGCUCCCUGAAUAUUUCAUAUAA